AAAUCAGGGAUUGUCCCGAUAGAAUGUUACGAACUCUGUCAGAAAGAACCAGGGUGUUUUGGAUACAACUACAGAGACAAGUUCAAUGUUGUGAACUGCCAACUGACCAAUACCACAAAAAGAAGAGAUCACACCGUAAUGACUGGAGAAGGAGAAUGGAUACUAAUGGUCGACGAUGAAGCGGUAUAUAUGAAUUCAGAUACCGGCUCCAGCUGUUCACAUCUGUAUAACAAAGGAGAGAGAAAAAAUGGUGUUUAUACAAUCGAUCCUGAUGGCCUGGGAUCGUUUCAAGUCAGUUGUGAUAUGAGCACAGACGGGGGAGGCUGGACGGUAUUGCAAAGAAGACAAGAUGGAAGUCAAGAUUUCUACCUUGGAUGGUCAGACUAUAAAGCAGGCUUUGGUGAUCUUAACGGCGAGUUCUGGUUAGGCCUGGAUAAAGUACAUCGUUUGUCCAAAUCUGGUCAAAAUGUUUUAAGAGUUGAUUUGAUGGAUUUCAAUGGCGCUAAACGUUACGCUAAAUAUGGAACGUUUAGUGUGGCUGAUGAAUCAGACAAAUACAGAUUGAAUAUUGGCAGUUAUUCAGGCAAUGCAGGGGAUUCACUGGUUUAUCAUGAUAACAUGCAGUUCACUACUAAGGAUAGCGACAAUGAUAAACGCUCUGGUAACUGUGCUACGAGCUACAAGGGAGCUUGGUGGUACAAGAACUGUCAUUAUUCCAAUCUCAAUGGCCAGUACCUGGGUGCACGUGAGAUUAGUAGCAGCGGAAUAAGAUGGAACCUAUGGAAAUCCAACUCGAUGAAAAAAACGGCGAUGAAAAUUCAUCCAAACCAGUUUUAACAUGCAUGGACACCA